CGAGAGUACAAUACAACAAGACACUCGGGUCAACCAAUCUAGUAGAGCGUGGCACGGCACUGUUGUACAGACUGUUUCAAUUGCACUACUUCCAUUGACUGUCUGUCUCCUGUAUCUAUCUACAUCUGGAUCAAGCUUGGUGGGAAACACAGUCGAACUGAACGGAUAGAUAAUAUUUUAUUACUGACGCGAACAGAGAACUCACUCACGUCCCGUCCCUGCUGCUGCCGCUACUACUGUAUCCCUCCUUUUUCCACAUCAUGGUGAAAACCAAGACCCGUGUGGGUGUGUUGAUGCGUGAAUCGCUCAAGGGCAAGACGGCGAGCAGUAAUGCUUUCCCCAACCUCGUGACCCUCUCGGAGCGCUACGAUACUUGGUGCAAGCAGGUCCGGGGGCUCAUUGUCGCACUGCAGCAACACCACGCCGUCAUGGGACAGAUCGAAAAGACCCGCGCCAAUCUCUCCAAACACUUUGCGGCCUUGUCCGUCAAGACGCCGAUUCACGAAGCGACAGGCAUGUUGCCUUCCGCGGAUCGUCCUUCCAGUACGGUCAAUUCGUACGCUUCCAUUCACGACACGCUGUCCGCAAAGACACAGUCUUACGUCGCCAAGUACCAACAGUUCGUGAUUGAUUACGCCGUGGAAUGGGAAAAAGUCGUCGUCACGCGGGUUGGCAACGGCUUGAAGGUCGUGCAAGAUUUGCGUCGUGAUUUGGAUCACUACCAAAAGAAGGUUGAAGCCAUGCGCUUGAGCGUUAACCAGGCCAUGAGCAAGGGAAAAAACGUCAAAGCGGACACCGCGGAAAGACUCAAGCGCAAUGAAGAAAAACUCAUCUCGGCCAAGCAAACUUUCAACAAGUCUGCAACCGAUUUGUGCAUCCUUAUGGAAGAAGUUACGGAGCGUUCGUGGCGAGACUUGCAUCCACUUUUGCUCAAGUGCGCCCAGUUCGAUAUGACCCUGGCUUCGGACGAGUCCAGCAUUUUGUCUGGAUUGAAUGCGGUCGUGUCGGCUCUGAAAGAGGUCGCGACCGCCCAAGGAUUGUCACCCCAACCCCGUCUCAAGGACCUGGCCGGAGUCAAGCCAGAACUCUUGUCGACCCGACCCGGAGGUGUCAGUGGAUUGAUGAUUGAAGCGGGCGCUGCCAUGGGAGGCGAACUGGGUUCGGGUACGGCAUUCGGUGGAUACGAUAGUAUGGCGCAGCCUCCAGGAUCCGUGGCUCUGCAGGGGAUGGGUGGCUACCCCGUGUCCAUAACGGAUUCCAUGUCCCAACCAGGAUUUCCUAGUGAUCACUCUGCCCCAAUGCGCUCCGAUUCCAUUGGAAGUUUUGCUUCGGCCCCGCCCAUGUCCAAUCCCUCCCUUUACAACGGCAGCAACGGCUACAACAACAGCGGCAGUGUCGAUCCACUCUCGACCUUGGGUAUGUUGACUCUUUCCGGCUCCGCCGCCCCACCUCCGACGAUGGAAGACGUCUACGCCGCGUCCCGCUCGGCACCCAGCAGCGGAAACCUACCACCCCUCGGACCGUCCUACAGUAAUUACAGUGUCCGUAGUGCCAGCUACAACGACAUGGAUUCCAUGUCCAAUUACAGUGCUCCGGCGCCAAUGGGAUCGCCUCCACCUCCACCCAACAUGCCACCUCCUCCACCGCCGGGACCCGCGUACGACGCCUACCCACCGCAGCAAGCGGCUUGGUCGGCCGAGCCUCCGCCGGCCUAUGCCUACGCCCCGGCUCCCGUGGCGUACCAACAGUACCCGCCACCGCUGCCCAACUCGUACGGACCGCCUCCUACCGCGGCCAAUCCGUUCGGUUAAACAGGAACAAGCACUGCAAUACUACGGCGUCCUGCCAAUCUCACGCGCCGGUCCAGGAAUUUUUACUCUCUCAAUUUGUAAAGAUAGACGGAAUUUU